AAAAAAUAUGCGAUGUGCUACAAAGGACCGCCCUCAUCACCGCCAUCCAUUGCAAGAAACCCGCCAUGAAGCGCACUCCGCGCAAUCCCAGACCUCGAAAGCGGACUCCGGGGGCAGCAAAUAGGGAGGACACGGACGAAGGGAAACGGAAAACCCCCAAAGCAGUUCAAGAGAGUCGCUACUACGUAUCAUCACAAGCGUGAUGUCGUCGAGUUCUUUGAUGCUAUUGUGUCUAAGGAAAUAAAAAUACAU